CAUCCGUUUGCAGAUUUGUUCAUUCGUUCUUCUGGAUCUGGAUUAAGAAAAAAUAACAGGAAUAGAAAAACUUAAAUUAAAAUGCUGCGUGCGUGUUGAAAAGCACAAUGAAUUGCAUUGAUUAUACAUUCCUGUCGACCUAGUACUGGGUUCAUAAGUUUUUAAAGUAAAUAUUUAUGUUUACGCGAAAAUAAAAAAAAUUAGUUCCAUGUCUUUUUUUCCAACUAGGACGUGUUGUAACAGUUCUGUGAAAAAAGAAAAUACAUACAUUUACAUGGAAAAGUGUUCAGUGGUGAUAAAAAAUACAUACAGAAUCAAUUAAUUUUUGCUUUAACCAUAUUAAAUGGAAUUAUUAACAAGAACAUACCAAUUACAAUAAUACAGCCAUGCUUGAUUUAAAGGGAUUUUAAUGGUUUAAAAGCAUUUUAAUUUUUUUCUUGCUGCAAGUAAGGAAGGCGAAAAGUGGACUUCCUCACAGCUGACGUUUGGUUUGAUUAUCAGUUGUUUACAUAAAGGAAAAAUAUCAAAAUUAAGCAGUCGACUUCACACAGAUCCAAAAUAAAAGGAUCUAGAAGGUUUCCGGAAGGAAAUUGAAUUAAAUCCAUAGUAUUAGUUUAAUGUUAAAUUUUUAAGUAUUAACAAAUGGCCACCAUAGAUGGAAGACCGGCGCAAUAUGGGAUAUCUCUUAAGCAGCUGCGGGAGCUUAUGGAGCACAGAGGACAUGAGGGAGUUACCAAAUUACAGGAAAUGGGGGGAGUAGUGGAUAUUUGCAAUAAGCUCUACACUAGCCCCAAUGAUGGCAUAAGUGGCUCCACCACUGACGAAAACCACAGGCGGGAGACAUUUGGUUCAAACACCAUACCCCCAAAGCCGCCAAAAACAUUUUUAACACUAGUCUGGGAAGCACUACAAGAUGUAACCCUUAUUAUUUUAGAAGUAGCUGCGCUAGUUUCGCUUGGCCUAUCGUUCUAUCAACCGACCGAUGAUGAUGCUCCAAUGUUGGAGGAGGAGGAAGAUCAUUAUGGUUGGAUUGAAGGUUUUGCCAUAUUAGUUUCUGUUAUAGUUGUUGUAUUGGUUACCGCUUUCAACGAUUACUCAAAAGAACGUCAAUUUCGCGGCUUACAAAGUCGAAUUGAAGGCGAACAUAAAUUUUCAAUAAUACGCGGUGGUGAAGUAUGCCAAAUUAGCGUAGGUGAUAUUGUUGUUGGCGAUAUUGCUCAAAUAAAAUACGGAGAUCUUUUACCAGCCGAUGGAAUACUCAUACAAAGUAAUGAUUUAAAGGUGGACGAAUCAUCAUUAACUGGUGAAUCAGACCAUGUCAAGAAAGGAAUCGAUAGUGACCCUAUGGUAUUGUCCGGAACACAUGUAAUGGAGGGCAGUGGCAAAAUGGUUGUCACUGCUGUUGGCGUAAAUUCGCAAGCAGGCAUUAUAUUUACUCUCUUGGGUGCUGCUGAUGAGGAGGAUGGUGACGAAAAGAAGGCAAAAGAACAUAAAGGCGGUUCCGAAGGUAUAAAAUCUGAUUCAGACGGUAACCAUGUGCAUGCCUCAUCUUCAGGUGCCGCUCCAGAUGCUGGGCAAAAGAAAGAGAAGUCUGUUUUACAAGCUAAGCUUACGAAGUUGGCUAUACAAAUUGGUUAUGCUGGUUCAACAAUAGCCGUAAUAACCGUGAUAAUAUUGAUUAUUCAAUUUUGCAUUAAGACGUUUGUCAUUGACGAGAAACCGUGGAAAAAUACCUAUGCAAAUCAUUUUGUCAAGCACUUGAUUAUUGGUGUCACUGUGCUUGUUGUAGCUGUACCCGAAGGAUUGCCCUUAGCCGUGACGCUCUCAUUAGCUUAUUCCGUAAAGAAAAUGAUGAAAGAUAAUAACUUGGUGCGCCAUUUGGAUGCAUGCGAAACCAUGGGCAAUGCCACUGCCAUCUGUUCGGACAAAACUGGAACGUUGACAACAAAUCGCAUGACCGUGGUUCAAUCUUAUAUUUGCGAAAAAUUGUGUAAAGUUUUACCUCGUCUCAAUGAUAUUCCUAAAAAUGUAGCCACUCUCAUUACCCAAGGUAUUUCAGUAAAUUCCGCAUAUACUUCAAAUAUAUUGCCUGGAGCAAAUCCUGAGGAUUUGCCUAUUCAAGUGGGUAACAAAACAGAGUGUGCUCUUUUGGGUUUUGUGCAGGGACUUGGUGUGAAAUAUCAAAAAAUUCGUGACGAAAUAACCGAGGACAAAUUUACACGUGUAUACACUUUUAAUUCCGUUCGCAAGAGCAUGGGCACUGUUAUUCCAAGGCCCGAUGGUGGGUAUCGUCUCUAUAGUAAAGGUGCUUCGGAAAUCAUGUUGAAGAAAUGUGCCUUCAUAUAUGGACAUGAUGGAGUUUUGGAAAAAUUCACUCGUGAUAUGCAAGAACGCCUCAUACGCGAAGUAAUUGAACCGAUGGCAUGUGAUGGUUUGCGUACCAUUUCUGUAGCAUAUCGUGAUUUUGUACCAGGUCAAGCUGGACCCAAUGAGGUGCACAUUGAUGAAGAGCCCAAUUGGGAUGAUGAAGAGAACAUUAUGUCGAAUCUAACAUGUUUGUGUGUAGUGGGUAUUGAAGAUCCCGUGCGACCUGAGGUACCCGAAGCUAUACGAAAAUGUCAACGUGCUGGUAUCACAGUGCGAAUGGUUACUGGUGAUAACGUUAAUACAGCGAGGUCAAUUGCCACCAAAUGCGGUAUUUUGAAACCCACUGACGAUUUUCUUAUUUUGGAGGGACGAGAAUUCAAUAGGCGCAUUCGGGACAACAAUGGUGAUGUUCAACAGCAUUUGCUUGACAAGGUGUGGCCAAGGUUACGCGUUUUGGCUCGAUCUUCACCUACAGACAAAUAUACAUUGGUAAAAGGAAUAAUUGAUAGUACAGUAAGUGACAGCCGUGAAGUUGUGGCAGUUACUGGCGAUGGUACUAACGAUGGUCCUGCCUUAAAAAAGGCGGAUGUUGGAUUUGCUAUGGGAAUUGCUGGUACUGAUGUCGCUAAGGAGGCUUCCGAUAUUAUUUUGACCGAUGAUAACUUCAGCAGUAUUGUCAAGGCAGUAAUGUGGGGUCGUAAUGUAUACGAUUCCAUUGCCAAAUUCUUGCAGUUUCAACUUACAGUCAAUGUUGUAGCUGUAGUUGUGGCGUUUAUUGGUGCCUGUGCGGUCCAAGACUCUCCGCUAAAGGCUGUACAAAUGUUAUGGGUGAAUUUAAUUAUGGAUACUUUGGCCUCUCUGGCACUGGCCACGGAAUUGCCGACUCCCGAUUUGUUGCUACGCAAGCCCUAUGGACGUACAAAACCAUUGAUUUCACCAACUAUGAUGAAAAAUAUCUUGGGCCAAGCCUUCUAUCAAUUGAUUAUAAUAUUUGGCCUUUUGUUUGCCGGCGAUGUGAUUCUGGAUAUUGAGUCUGGUCGUGGGCAAGAUUUAAAUGCGGGUCCAACACAGCAUUUUACAAUUAUUUUCAAUGCAUUUGUUAUGAUGAUAAUGUUUAACGAAAUCAAUGCCCGUAAAAUACACGGUCAACGAAAUGUCGUGGAAGGUAUUUUUACCAAUCCAAUAUUUUAUACAAUUUGGAUUUUCACCAUGAUUUCUCAAGUUGUUAUUAUACAGUAUGGUAAAAUGGCAUUCUCUACAAAAGCCUUAUCUUUGGAUCAGUGGCUGUGGUGCGUAUUCUUCGGCCUCGGUACUUUAGUGUGGGGACAAGUGAUUACCACGGUGCCUACAACAAUAUUACCAAAAUGUUUGUCGUGAACAAAACACACAAAAAAUGACAAGAUAUCACACUAAAAACUCAUUUAUAGACCUGAAGAAAAUAUCACAAAAAAUUAAUAAUUAGAAAUUAGAGAAACACUUUCACCCCAACACUCACCCACAAACACUCACUACCAUAAGGAGAAAAGUACUAUAAUUCCUCAUCAUCUUAUCCAUUAACAAGAGAAAUGUUCAAAUAAAACAAAAGAAUUUAUUUAUAUUUAGAAAUAUUA